AUGACAUCACGUUAUGGCAUUCGAACAUCAGAUAUCAUGAAGGAAUGGAGUAACAACAACCGAAAGAUAGCGAACCUCUUGAACAGGAGGAUAUUCCUACUCGAAUGUAAAAGACUGGGAUUAACACCUAAUCAUAUAGGAACAGGAGUCAAGAAUGUUCUGAAUUUGGUUGAAUUUCACACAGGAAGUAGAUUCAAUAAAAAGAUUAGUGGAUUUAACAAAAACUUAGUUAAUAGAUUACUUUCCUUAGAGAUUGAACACACUCACUUAAAGAUUUCACACAUUUGCAAGUACAAUAGCACCAUAAAAAGAGAGUUGAGGCAGACAAUACCAACAGAGAUACAUAGAGAAUUUUUCAGACGCCAGAAGACUACAUACAACAAAAUAUUUCAUAAAGUAAAAGCCACAAACCUCAGAAAAAUUAAAGCACUACAAAGAAGAAUACAUAAAGCAGAUUAUAAAGUUCCAGAGAAAUGGUUCAAGAAUUUGUCCCAGACAACAGUACCUGAAGAGGUUAGAACAGUCCUUGGUUUGGGUUCCAAAUUUAACGUCCCUUUAGACCACAAAGAAAUAAACAUCAAAGACCUAAUAGCAGACGUUGAGAGCAUUUUGGACUUGGUGGAGGAAGAUAGAAGAGACACUUUGAGAGCUAAGAUAGCAAGCAUUAUAACCGGUCAUCUACAUAAAGGUAAAAAUAAUAUUUGUGCGACAGACAACAUAAGAAAGCUAUAUAAAACAACGAAAAACUUUUUAAGAACUAAUGAUCACCUUGUAGUUCUCGACAGUGACAAAGGUUCAGUGACUGUACUUAUGGAUAGGGCAGAUUAUCUUCAGAAGAUGUACUCAAUUGUUGACACUGAAGAUUUCAAAAAGAUUUCUAGAGACCCAACUACCACUAUCCAGAAUAAAACCAACAAGAUCAUAUCCACACUUGUAAACCAAAAUAUACUAAGUAAAGAAGCUGCAAGAUCAAUGAAAUCAUAUAAUUCAGUGAGCCCUAGAAUGUACGGAAAUCCCAAAAUACAUAAGGAAAAUAUCCCAAUGCGACCAAUCGUAUCUGAUGUACAGGGUCCCACAUGUAAAUUUUCAAAUUAUAUUGCACAAAUCCUAACAGAAGCCUAUGACCAGAAUAAUGCAUAUUAUGUGAAAGAUUCGUUUGACUUUUCCAGUAAGAUUAACAAUUUUGAAUUACCCCCAGAUUAUGUGGUGAUAUCACUUGACGUAGUCAACCUAUUUGGCAACAUAUCAAAGGAGUUGGUACUGAGAGCAAUGGAAUUCCAUUGGAACAAGAUUGAGGCAGUCUGCAACAUAUCAAAAGAAUACUUCAAGGAGAUUAUCACCUUCCUCCUAGAAUCAGGUUACUUCAUGUUCGAUGGCAGUUUCUAUUUGCAGAUGUUUGGGUGCAUUAUGGGAUCCAGACUUAGCCCGAUUUUGUCGUUGUAUGUGAUGGACUAUGUGCUCGACUCCUGUAUACCUAGAUUAACAUUCACACUUGCAUUUAUAAAAAAAUAUGUAGACGACCUAAUAAUAUCCCUACCAUCAACGGGAACUGAGGAGAUAUUGCAAGUUUUCAACAGCUUCGACCCUAAAUUAAAGUUCACGAUUGAAACAGAAGAUUGUUACAACUCUGUUCCGUUCUUAGAUACCAAGAACAAAAAAACAGGAUUUAUAAAAUCUGUGAUCCAACAUUCAGAGAUGGAAGCAUGA